AUGAAAGGCAAUGUGGAUCACAAAGACCAAAGGAAUCAAAUUUGGGUGAAGGAGUACGGCUUUGAUAAUUUCACCAAAUCCAUUAGAAAUCUUCAAGACAUUCCUUCAGGAGAUGGUCGUGAUGAGGAAAUACUGAUUGAGCAACAGAAAGAAGGGCUCCUCCUCUACAACAUUAAGACAAGGAGCAUCAGAAAAAUGGCAAAAUUAAGCAAUGAAAAUACUGGGAUCGAGAUUGAUAUGGGGAGAUACCUUUGGCCACAUCUCUACUUUGACAGCUUAGAUUCCCUGGGAGCUAGAUAA